AUGCUCGCCACCGCCUCCCCGCACCUCCAAGCGGCGGCGCGCCGCCUCUCGCUGGCAGCGCUCCCCGCGCGCCUGCCCCGCUCCGUGCGCCUCCCGCGCAGCAGCACGCGGCACCCCAUCCGCCACGCGUCGCUGCGCGCGUCGUCGUCGGCGGCGGAGGCUACCCCGUCGGCGAAGGACGGGGCUGCUGGCGCCGAGGAGCUAGGGUUCGAGGAGAUGCUGUCCAGGACGACGCGGAGGUACUACAUGCUCGGCGGGAAGGGCGGCGUCGGGAAGACGAGCUGCGCGGCGUCGCUCGCCGUGCGCUUCGCCAACAGCGGCCACCCCACCCUCGUCGUCUCCACCGACCCCGCACACUCCCUCAGCGAUUCCUUUGCGCAGGAUUUGACUGGCGGGGCGCUCGCGCCUGUUGAAGGCACCGAUUCGCCACUGUUUGCGCUCGAGAUAAAUCCUGAGAAGUCCCGUGAGGAGUUUCGGACACUAAAUCAAAAGAAUGGAGGAACGGGGGUAAAAGAUUUCAUGGACGGCAUGGGCCUAGGGAUUCUUGCUGAGCAGCUUGGGGAAUUAAAACUGGGGGAGUUAUUGGACACGCCGCCACCAGGAUUGGAUGAAGCAAUAGCAAUUUCAAAGGUUAUACAAUUUCUCGAAGCACCGGAGUAUAGCAUGUUUAGCCGCAUUGUAUUUGACACUGCUCCUACGGGCCAUACGCUUCGGUUAUUAUCCUUACCAGACUUCUUGGAUGCAUCCAUUGGGAAAAUCUUGAAGCUUAGGAACAAGAUUGCUUCUGCAACAUCAGCUAUUAAAUCAGUCUUUGGACAAGAAGUUCAACAGCAGGAUGCAGCAAACAAAUUGGAGCAACUCAGAGAAAGGAUGGUGAAGGUGCGGGAGCUCUUUCGUGACACUGAAUCGACUGAAUUUAUAAUCGUUACAAUUCCAACGGUCAUGGCAAUCAGUGAAUCCUCAAGAUUACAUUCUUCCUUGCAAAAGGAAAGUGUUCCUGUAAGGAGACUGGUUGUUAACCAAGUUCUUCCACCUUCGUCAUCAGACUGUAAAUUUUGUGCUAUAAAAAGAAAGGAUCAAACACGUGCUUUGGAUAUGAUAAGGAGUGACCCAGAGUUGAUGGGGUUGAACAUAAUGCAAGCACCUCUUGUGGACAUGGAAAUUAGAGGUGUUCCUGCUCUCAAGUUUCUGGGUGAUAUAGUGUGGAAGUGACCUUAGUUUAGGGAAAAUAGGAUAACUCCAGGCACCUACUGGCUAGAUUAUCACUGUUGGCCUGCUAUGCUGUUAAACCUUUAAUCCAAUCGAAGUGUCAGCCUGAGCAGAUCUUGAGAGCUACUGGGUGGAAUGCAACUUAGCAGAUUCCCAUACUAGUAAAUAGCACCAAAUAGGACGGUUUUGCUGCUCUAGCAUAUUUGAUUUCAUAUACUUAACAGUAAGCAAGGACUGGUUGGGUUGCAACAGCAUCAUGCCAAUGCAGUCUGAAUUCCAUGAUGUUUCUUGUUAGGAGCAGCCAGCUGUGGAUUUUCGGAUCCUCAGCAUUGUAAAAACAUGUUUUCCCACUCGCGACAUGUAAAUUUUGUUGAGAUGUGGUAUGAUUUUGCCAA